CCCAAGCUCCUCAUCCAGAGGACUGGCCGUCUGUUAGCACGAUGCCGGGAAAACCUGCACCCAUCAAGAAGUCCCCCGCCAAGAAGGCUGCGGAGAAGGCGCCCGAGCCCGCCCCGGAGCCUGCACCCGCCCCGGAGCCUGCACCCGCUCCACCUGCGGAGGCCGCACCUGCGGAGGCUCCACCUGCGGCGCCCCCUGCAGAGGGCGAAGCUGCUGCCCCCGCUGCAGCAGAGGACACCCCGGCUGCAGAAGGAAGCGCUCCAGCUGCUGCUCCCGCUGCUGAGGACGGUGCCGUCGCUCCCGCUGCAGAUGCUCCGGCAGACGCUGCUCCAGCAGAAGCUGCUGUGGUUGAGGAGCCACCAAAGGCGCCCACUCCUCCACCACCCGCAGUCCCCACCAGCGCUCCUCUGGAGGUGUCUGUGGAGGAUGUGAACGACUCCAGCCUCACCAUCAAGUGGAAGGAACCGGAGACAAUAGGAGACUCCGGCUUAGACGGAUACACCAUCGAGUACUGCAAGGAUGGAACUACAGAUUGGGUGGUGGCUAACGAGGAGCUGACCCCAAGUAAUCGUUACUGCAUCAAGAAUCUGACAGCCAACGACCUGCUGCGUGUGCGCGUGGUGGCUGUAAACCCCGGCGGACGCAGUGAACCUGGGACUCUCGCCGAGCCCGUGCCCAUCCGCGAGAUUGCUGACCGUCCCAAGAUUCGCGUGCCGCGCAGUCUCAGGUCCCGUUGUGUGAAGCAGGUUGGAGAGCAGAUCAACCUGGUCCUCCCAUUUCUUGGAAAGCCUAAACCUGUAGUGUCCUGGCUCAAGGACGGUCAGCCUUUGGAUGCAAAGAGGGUCAACAUCAGGAACAGCAACAAAGACAGCAUCUUGUUUAUCCGCACCUCUCAGAGGGAGGACUCUGGUGAUUAUGAGAUGUCCGUAAAAGUGGACAGCUUUGAAGACAAAGCCACCAUCACCAUCCAGGUUGUGGAGCUGCCCGGUCCUCCUGCCAGUGUGAAGCUGGUGGAUACCUGGGGCUUCAACGCUGCUCUGGAGUGGACUCCUCCCAAGGAUAACGGCAACUCCGACAUCACUGGAUACACUAUCCAGAAGGCCGACAAGAAGACAAAUGAAUGGUUCACGGUGCUGGAGCACUACCACAGGCUAACUGCCACCGUCUCAGACCUCAUCAUGGGCAACUCGUAUUCCUUCAGGGUGUUCUCCGAGAACCAAGUGGGCAUGAGCGAAAAAAGCGCAGUCACCAAGGAAGUGGCCACCAUCCAGAAGACAGGCAUUGUCUACAAGCCUCCUGAGUACCAGGACCGCGACUACAGCGAAGCACCCAAGUUCACCACAAUGCUCAGCGAUCGCGCCGCCACCGUGGGAUACACCACCAAGCUGCUGUGCUCUGUCCGUGGGUGCCCCAAGCCUAAGAUCGAGUGGCUGAAGAAUCAGAUGGUCAUCGGUGACGACCCCAAGUAUCGCCAGCUCUCCAACCAGGGCAUUUGCUCCCUGGAGAUCCGAAAACCCUGCAGCUUUGAUGGUGGUGUGUACACCUGCAGAGCCAAGAACGCCCAGGGAGAGGCCACCGUCUCCUGCAAACUGGAAGUCAAGCAGGUUUUCCUUGCAGAGGAGAAAGGCAAAUAAAGUCAUCACAAAUCUACAGAGUGCCUUUUCAAGGACCAGCAGAAAUCCAGGUCUUAUAUUUUGAGAGUGUCUGAGGAGGUGAGAAAAAGCUGUGGCUGGCUGUGCAGCGAUGUGUAAAUAAUGAAGCAAAGGACGGAACGACUCGCGGACAUCUCCAUAUCCAUUUCCUUCACUCCUUCGAAUAUUCAGGGAAGACUCACACCAUCUCACCCAUCCCAGCUAGCCAAACGUUGUAUGUUAUUUUAGUUGGUUAGUUGUACGUAAGACUGCAUUUGCCUGUUUUUUUUUUUCUGACUGCGUCCAUUUGCUGUUUGUUACAGUAUAUGUGCUCAAUAAAACAGUGAAUCCUUGGAUAUGCUAUUGCAAUGAUUGUAUGGAUGUUUAAUAAAAGUUGUAUUUUAUUGUAUAGUAUGUGGAUUUCUGCUGAAGUUUCAAAAUGCCUACAAUAAAGUGACAUGUGGUUUUAGACUUG